AUGCCGACCUUUGGAGGUCUUCUCAAAAGGAAGAAGACCAAAGAGUCUUCUGAAGACAAGUCUGCCGCGGCGGGCGGAGCUGCAGGCUAUCAGCCUAUUCAAUACAAGUCUUCACACAAGACCGAAACGCCAACCUCGCCCGUCUCUUCCAAAGCUGCCGCAUCGAAUGCCACCUCUCAAACCUCUCAAGCAACCACCACCACCAUAACUUCUGCCCCCGAUCCAAAUGCCAAGGCUUCCGAAACCAACGGCGACAUGAAUACCGCCGGUCUCGCCAGCCCAGCCGCUGGCACUGUCGACGGUAAAGGUGCUGCGCGACAAACAAAGGGCAAAUACACCCUCACAGACUUCACCAUGCAACGAACCUUGGGUACGGGUUCAUUCGGUCGAGUCCACCUGGUCCAGUCUAAGCACAACCAGCGUUUCUAUGCCGUCAAGGUCUUGAAGAAGCAACAGGUCGUCAAAAUGAAGCAGAUCGAACACACCAACGAUGAGAGGAAAAUGCUACAAAGAGUCAAGCACCCUUUCCUGAUCACCUUGUGGGGCACAUUCCAAGAUUCUAGAAACCUCUACAUGGUCAUGGACUUUAUUGAGGGUGGUGAGCUGUUUAGCUUACUUCGCAAGUCUCAGCGUUUCCCCAAUCCCGUGGCCAAAUUCUAUGCAGCCGAAGUCACCCUUGCACUGGAAUACCUCCAUUCACAGAACAUCAUCUACCGAGAUCUCAAGCCCGAGAACUUACUUCUGGACCGACAUGGCCAUGUAAAGAUUACUGAUUUCGGCUUUGCCAAAGAGGUACCAGACAUUACCUGGACGCUUUGCGGAACUCCAGAUUACCUGGCGCCGGAAGUUGUGGCUUCGAAGGGUUACAACAAGUCCGUAGAUUGGUGGUCUCUCGGGAUCUUGAUCUUUGAAAUGCUUUGUGGUUUCACCCCAUUCUGGGAUGGUGGUUCUCCCGUCAAGAUUUAUGAAAAUAUCUUGAAGGGUCGAGUCAAGUACCCGCCCUACAUCCAUCAUGAUGCUCAAGAUCUUCUGGUGCAGUUGAUUACCUCCGAUUUGACCAAGAGGUUGGGAAAUCUGCACGAAGGUCCAGCCGCUAUCAAGAACCACCCAUGGUUUGCCGAAGUGACCUGGGAGCGGUUGGUCAAGAAAGAUAUUGACGCACCCUAUGUGCCUCCCGUCAAGGGAGGAGCAGGUGAUGCCAGUCAAUUUGACAAGUAUCCCGAGGAGACAGAGGAGUAUGGCAAGAAGAGUGAUGAUCCGUAA